AUGGAGUCCUACAACGUGGAGCUGAUUUUUGACCACGUGGGACACUUCGGCAGGUUCCAGAUGGUCCUGUAUCUUAUAUGCGCCUACCAGAGCAUCUCCUGCGGCAUCCACUACUUGUCUUCUAUAUUCAUUUCAGUUGUCCCUGAGCAUAUCUGCAGGCCCCCAGGCAAGGUGUGGAAGGCUGUUUUCCACAACUUAUCUGCCCGGAGGCUGGAGGACAUAUUGGCUCUGCGGUCCCCAGACCAGAAAGACCACAUUACAGUGGAGCUGCAGGAUGGAGAAAUCUGGGAGCUCACACGAUGUAGCAGGACCUGGAGGGAGAACGCAUCACAUUCCGCCCACGAGUACAGUGGCCAUAAGCAGGACAAUUCUUGCUCUGAUGGCUACGUGUACGACCAAAGCAAAUGGGGUAUCUCUGUGGUGAGAAAUCUGAAUCUGGUCUGCGACCAGAAAUGGUAUGCAAACAUGAUCCAGCCCUUGUUUUUAUUUGGCAUCCUGCUGGGAGCAAUUAUUUUUGGCUACCUUUCUGACAGAUUUGGAAGACGAGGGGUCCUGUGGUGCACGAGCCUUUGCCUGUUUUUGUUUGGGAUGGCCUCCCUCCUUCUACUCGAUUUUUUCAGCUUCAUGGCUGUGCGUUUUUUCCUUUCCAUGGCUGCAAGUGGCUAUUACGUGGUGGUUGUUGUCUACGUUAUGGAGUUCAUCGGCAAGAAGGCACGAGUAUGGUUGUCCAUGCAUCUACACACCUUCUUUGCUGUUGGAGUGAUAUUGGUGAUUUUGGUAAACUAUUUGGUCAAAACUUGGUGGCUUUAUCAAAUCGUCCUGUGGACAGUGACUGUCCCCUUCAUCCUGUGCUGCUGGAUGCUUCCAGAGACUCCUUUUUGGCUCCUCUCAGAAGGAAGAUACAAAGAAGCACAAGGAUUAAUUGAUGCCAUGGCUCAGUGGAAUGAGUCCAGCUCCUGUGACCUGGUAGAACUUUUCUCAUUGGAUGUGAAUAGUCUUCCUGACAAAAACCACCAGGCCCCUCGGAAGCAUGGGCUAGCAGAGCUGUUUCGAAACCGGGAUAUUACACGAAGGACCCUCAUCGUUUGGCUGGUUUGGACCACAGCGUAUUUGGGUUACUACAUCUUUAGCGUGGAGACUGUUUGGAAAACAGAGUAUAACUAUAUGUACCUCUUCAUAGUGGGUAUUGUGGAUAUCCCUGCCUACUCCUUUAUAUGUGUCUGGUUGAAGAGGGUGGGAAGAAGGAAGACUGUGUUCUUCUUCCUUUCGUUGGCCUCACUCACCUGUGCAGCUUAUUUGGUGUUACCUCUGAAACACAACAACUUGAAAAUAGUGGCAGUCUUGGUUGUCAAAGUUAUCGUUGGGUUAGUAGUUGCCUUUCUUUAUCUUUAUACAGCAGAGCUGUACCCAACAAUUGUAAGGUGCUUGGCUCUGGGGAGCAGCAACAUGGUGGCCCGCAUAGCAAGCUUGAUCAUCCCAAAUGCUGGGCAGCUCACCAAAGCCUGGAUCUUCCUACCACAGAUUUUAUUUGGGAUCCUGGCCAUCCUGAGUGGACUGUUGUCACUGAUGCUUCCAGAAACCCAAAACAAACCAAUGACAUCUACUUGGGAGCCGGCUGCACAGCAGGUGCCAGAAAGCAAGGAUUUGUCCAGUGAAGCCCCUCCCGAAGAUGAGAUUUCUGAGAUGGAAAACAGGAGAGGAAGCAUGGACGUGAUUAACCUUGUCGAAUUUAAUGGUGGGAAAUGA